AUGGUUGGUGUUGCAAGAUGCAACAUCAUAGUAUCCACAAAACUGAGUUCAACCACAACCUAGGAAUUCUAACAUCCUCUUUCUCUUUUCCCUUCAAACCAAACCACUCACAAAAUGGCAAUUCCAUCACACAUAAAAGCUUGGGCUUAUUCUGAAUAUGGAAACAUAGAAGAUAUUCUGAAAUUUGAAUCUAACAUACCUAUACCACAGAUCAAGGAAGACGAGGUGCUCAUUAAGGUUGCUGCUGCAGCCCUUAAUCCUAUAGAUUAUAAGAGGGCUUUUGGCUAUUUCAAGAACACCGACUCUCCCUUGCCGACUGUUCCGGGGUACGAUGUUGCUGGUGUGGUGGUGAGAGUGGGAAGUGAAGUGAAAAAAUUCAAGGUAGGGGAUGAGGUUUAUGGAGACAUCAAUGAGAAUCCUAUAAACAAUCCAAAAAGUAUUGGAUCUUUGGCAGAGUAUACUGCUGUUGAAGAAAAAGUAUUGGCACACAAACCUUCCAAUUUGAGCUUUGCAGAAGCUGCAGCUCUUCCUUUAGCCAUCAUCACUGCUUAUCAAGGACUUGAAAGAAUUGAGUUUUCUGCUGGCAAAUCUAUCCUUGUUCUUGGAGGUGCUGGUGGAGUUGGAUCCCUUGUUAUUCAGCUAGCGAAGCACGUUUUUGGGGCAUCAAAGAUUGCAGCCACAGCAAGUACUGGGAAACUGGAUUUGUUAAGGAACUUGGGAGCAGACUUAGCCAUUGAUUAUACAAAGGGGCAGCUUGAAGAGCUGGAAGAAAAGUUUGAUGUAGUGUACGAUACAGUAGGGCAGAGUGAGAUUGAUAGAGCAUUGAAGGCUGUUAAAGAAAAUGGGAAAGUUGUGACAGUAGCAGCACAUGGAAGUCCUUCAGGUAUCUUCGUAAUACGCAUUUCAGAUGGUACUGUGUUGAAGAAACUAGAACCUUACUUAGAGAGUGGGAAGGUGAAGCCGAUAUUGGAUCCUAAGAGUCCCUUUGCGUUUUCUGAGACUGUGGAGGCAUUUGCAUAUUUGAAGACUAACAGAGCCAUUGGAAAAGUGGUCAUACAUCCCAUCCCUUGAGGAUAAACAGAUGAACUCAACCAAACUUGUGUAGAAAUGCACUCAAUAAACUCAUCGGCUGUGGAAGUGGUUCUUGUUAGAUGAGACAACAUGUGUAAAUUCAUGAAUAUUUUGGAGUUGUGUUUGUUGUGAGAGUGAGAUGUUCUGAUUGUGUUUUGCUUGCAGUAUAAAUAAAUAAUAGUCUUUGUGUAA